UUCCAGCUCCAGAACUUAUCCGGGCAUGAGCUCACAAGACACAGAUUUCCCUAAUCAAGCAACACUGGGUGACCUCUCCCCUUUCGCUUUCAGUUGCUUCUUCCUCUCAGGCCCCUGAAACCUCCUCGAGCAUCCGGCCCUGAGCACAGCAGUGCCUUCGCCACAACAGGCACUGAGCAUACCACGACAGGCACCAGCUGCGUGGCCACCACCAUGGAGCCGAGCGUGCGGGAGCCGCUGGUGAGGAGGUCAAGCUCCUCGUACCACACCUUCCCUGAGACCAUCAGAAGGGGGCUGGACAAGGAGUACCUGCAGAGCCUCAACAACAAGCGGCUCUACAUGGCAGUGUUUUCUGCCGUGCUGGGGAAUUUCAGCUUUGGCUUCGCCCUGGUUUACCCCUCGCCUGUGAUCCCUGCCCUGGAGGCUCACUCCGACCCCGCGCUGAGGCUGGACCGCUACAGAGCAUCCUGGUUUGGGUCGGUGUUCAUGCUGGGGGCGGCGGCAGGGGGGCUCAGCGCCAUGCUCCUCAAUGAUCACCUGGGCCGCAAGCUCAGCAUCAUGUUCUCAGCUGUGCCCUCCGCCGUGGGAUAUGCACUGAUGGCCAGUGCUCAGGGCAUCGAGAUGCUGGUGCUGGGCCGAGUGCUUACAGGCUACGCCGGUGGUGUGACGGCCGCCUCCAUCCCGGUCUACAUCUCUGAGAUCUCCCACCCUGGGGUACGAGGCAUGCUGGGCACGUGUCCUCAAAUCAUGGCAGUGCUGGGCUCCCUCAUCCUCUAUGCGCUGGGGCUGCUCCUGGACUGGCGCUGGCUGGCUGUGGCAGGGGAAGUGCCUGUGCUCACCAUGAUCCUCCUGCUCUGCUUCAUGCCCAACUCGCCCCGCUUCUUGCUCUCCCAGGGGAAGGAGGACGAGGCCCUGCGCUCACUGUGCUGGCUGAGGGGCAGGGACACAGACUAUGCCCAGGAGUACGAGCAGAUUAAGGACAGCGUGAGGAAGCAGAGCCAGCGGAUUUCCCGUGCUGAGAUCAAGGAUCCCUUUAUCUACAAGCCCAUCCUGAUUGCUGUGGGGAUGAGGUUCCUGCAACAGCUCUCUGGUGUCACCUGUGUCCUCGUGUACCUGCAGCCGAUAUUCAAGAAAAUGGCCGUCAUCCUGAAACCAGAGUACGAUGCAGCUCUCGUGGGCCUGGUACGGCUGUUCUCAGUGGCAAUCGCUGCUGUGUCAAUGGAUAAAGCUGGGAGGAAGAUCCUUCUCUUUGUAUCGGGUAUGUCUCUCUCAGUGUGCAAAGGAAUCUUUUCUCUAAGGAUUUCCAGUGGCUUUGUGAACGUGCAGGAGUGGAGACUUCCACCAUGCAGGACUGUGGAAGGGUGUUUUUCCUGUGGCAGAGGCUCAGCUCCAGAGCAUCACAUGCAGAACCAUCACACAGAUUGCUCUCCCUUUCAUCCUUCUGUGCUGUUGCAUCUCUCCACAGCUGGAGUCAUGAUGGCCUCCAACCUGACCAUGGGGCUCUACAUCCACUUUGUGCCAUCUUCUGAGAACGGCACCAUUGCCAACAGGACCCUGGGGAGCCUUGCCAACCCUCCUGCUGAGCCCAUCCACUACAUCACCCUCAUCCCCCUCCUGGCUGCCAUGUUCUUCAUAAUGGGCUAUGCCAUGGGCUGGGGGCCCAUCACCUGGCUGCUGAUGUCAGAAAUCCUCCCUCUGAAAGCACGUGGGGUGGCAUCAGGCCUCUGUGUUGUCGUGAGCUGGCUGACAGCCUUUGCCCUGACCCAGCUCUUCCUUGGGGUUGUGGAGUCCUUUGGCCUCGAGGUGCCGUUCCUAUUCUUUGCUGUCAUCUGCGCUGGGAAUAUUUUAUUUACAGGCUGUUGCGUUCCAGAAACCAAACGGAGAUCCCUGGAACAGAUUGAGGCCUUCUUCAGAACCGGUCGGAAGUCAUUCUUGAGGUCGUUCAGGAGGUAGGAGCUGCUGGCUGCACCAGGACAUGUGCUCAAGGGCUAGAAAGAAAAGGGUUGCGCUGAUAGAGGUGGAGCCUGGAGAUCUCUGCAAAGAUGGUGUUCCCCCAGAAAGGGGAGAGAACAGGCAGCAAUGACUAUAUUGCUUUGGAUGUUGAAAUUGCCUGCUGAAGCUUCUAAGAUAUUCUCACCCCAAGUCAUUUAGCACCACGUAUGGCUCUCCAUGCAGCACAUCAGCACGAGCUAUAGGACCACAUAACAAGCAACAGGCUGGAUGUAAAGUUGUCCUGGAAAAUACCAGGUGUGGCUGUGGACACAGAGCCACCCAAGCAGCCCAAGAGCCCCAGGCUUUGGCUGCAACAGAGUUAACAUCUACCGCUGUUCUGGCAAGCACUCAGCGUGUAGCUGCAGGAAUAAAACUGUUUUGCCUCCAA